AUGGGGAGGCAGAAGGCCUUCUCCACCUGCUCCUCUCACCUCAUCGUGGUGACUGUUUUCUGUGGCACCCUCGUCCUUGUCUAUAUGACACCCAGGACAGCCUCCCUGAGGCAGCUCCAUAAAGUCCUCUCCUUUUUCUACACCAUCCUCACGCCCCUGGUCAAUCCACUCCUCUGCAGCCUGCGGAACAGGGAGAGCCCCCAGACCAAGAGACAGAAAAUGUCCAACAGCAGCUCCAUCACCCAGUUCCUCCUCCUGGCAUUCGCAGACACGCGGGAGCUGCAGCUCUUGCACUUCUGCCUCUUCCUGGGCAUCUACCUGGCUGCCCUCCUGGGCAAUGGCCUCAUCAUCACCGCCAUAGUCUGUGACCACCACCUCCACAGCCCCAUGUACUUCUUCCUCCUCAACCUCUCCCUCCUCGACCUGGGCUCCAUCUCCACCACUGUCCCCAAAGCCAUGGCCAAAUCCCUCUGGGACACCAGGGCCAUUUCCUACUUGGGAUGUGCUGCUCAAGUCUUUCUGUUUGUCCUUUUCAUGUCAGCAGAGUUUUAUCUACUCACUGUCAUGUCCUAUGACCGCUACAUUGCCAUCUGCAAACCCCUGCACUACGGGACCCUCCUGGGCAGCAGAGCUUGUGUCCACAUGGCAGCAGCUGCCUGGGGCAGUGGGUUGCUCAAUUCCCUUCUUCACACAGCCAAUAUAUUUUCACUACCUCUCUGCAAAGGCAAUGCCAUGGACCAGUUCUUCUGUGAAAUUCCACAGAUCAUCAAGCUCUUCUGCUCAGAUGCCUACCUCAGGGAAGCUGGGCUUCUUGUGGUUACUGCUUUUUUCAGUUUUGGCUGUUUUGUUUUCAUUGUGCUGUCCUACGUGCAGAUCUUGAGGGCCGUUCUGAGGAUCCCCUCUGAGCAGGGACGGCACAAAGCCUUUUCCACGUGCCUCCCUCACCUGGCCGUGGUCUCCCUGUUUCUCAUCACUGCAGUGUUUGCCCACCUGAAGCCCCCCUCCAUCUCCUCCCCAUCCUUGGACCUGGUGGUGUCAUUUCUGUACUCGGUGGUGCCUCCAGCAGUGAACCCCCUCAUCUACAGCAUGAGGAACCAGGAGCUCAAGGAUUCCUUAUGGAACCUGACCCCAUGGAUGCUGUUUCACCAACAAUAA